GCGCUGUCCGAAUGCAACGACUUCUUCAAUUCGAGCUCGUCCAUUUCUGGGGCUACUCUCACGAUGUCAGAGCAGCAUGCUCAUGAAAGUUAUCCGCUCCUGCCACGGCAAGGGAGCCUAGCGUCGGUUCCCCUUUUUCAAGAACGACCCGUACCCGACGCUCAGCCUGAUGCCGCAAUCCCUUUGAACGAACGUCAUUCUGUUCUAGAAGUCAUUGCCGAAAAUGUGGAAGGCUUUGUAGAGGGAGCUCACGAUGCUGCAGUGGAUAUCCUUGAAUCAGCUCAGGAAUACGCUGGAGACAUCAAAGAUGCUUUUGUAGAGGCUGCUGUCGACACCAAAGAAACUCUGGUUAGUAUAGUAGAAGAUGCGAGCGAGGCCGUUGCGGAGGAGUUCCAAGAAGUUGCUGACGCUUUCAUUGAAGAGCUCGAGGACGCCGACGAAGAGAUGGACAAAACUUUCUUGCUUGAAAUGACUCUGACCAGAAAUCUUUCCAUUCUACCGGCUGACAUGGUAGAUUCAGCCGCUAUGGUUCCCUCAAUGAUUCCGUUUCCAAAUCCGGACUGUCAGGCUGAGGACGAGGAAACGGGGGAGGGAGACGAAGAAACUUUAAAAGACGAAGACAAUGAAAUCGAAAAGGCUCCAAUGAGUGCAUAUUUUCUGUUGGCGUCGGCCGUAAUAUCACUGUCAUCGAUCGGCCCCUUACUGGACCUACAAAAUGAUGUUAGCGGAACGAUGAAGAUUUACUGGCGAACAACGGCAACAGCAUUGCUUCUUCUACCGUUCGCCGUGAGUUCCAUUUGUCGCGAAGGCUUCCCGCGACUGAGUUGGCCACAAUGGGUUGUGUUGUUGAUGACUUCCGGAAGCUACGCCGCUAUGUGUGUCUUCUUUGUUUGGGCAUUAGAUUAUACUGCCGUAGGAAAUGCGGUGAUUUUCAGCAAUUCCCAGGCUCUAAUCUUACUGGUUGGGAAGGCAUUUAUUGGAGAAGCCGUUUCGUUGCUUGAAGGCUCAGGAGCCCUAGUUGCCUUUUCGGGAGCAAUAAUGUGCUCUAAGGAUUCCUCCGACACAACUCCCGAAGACCCGGGAGGUUUUACGACAGUGCUAGGCGAUUGUUUCGCCAUUUCGUCGGCAUUCUCCGGUGUAGUAUACCUCGUCCUUGCCAAAACCGUUAGGACAAGCAUGGAUCUUUACGUUUUCAUGUUUUUCAUUAUGUUUAUCGGGUCGCUACAGACUUUACUGUUCCUUUUCAUCGCUCGAGAGCCGUAUAGCAUUGAUCGCGACCCAAAUACCGGAGUCUUUGGUUGGACAGCGUUCGAACAAGACCGCCUUCCUCUGGAAUUGUUCAUGGUGGUAAUUUGCAAUCUGUUCGGAGCGAUGGGAUACGUCCGUGCUAUGCACUAUUUCGACAACCUUGUGAUAUCGGUCGCCGCUCUGAUGGAGCCCGUCGUUGCAGAGUUCCUGGCUUUUACGUUUGGAGGUGGUUAG